AUGAAGAGGAAGUAUCAGGGAACGACGAAGGCAAAAAGAUCACUAUUGCAAACACUUCGCACUGAUUUUGAGACUUUACAGAUGAAGAUAGGCGAAUCAAUUUCAGAUUACUUCUCAAGGACUAUGGAAAUAGCAAAUAAGAUGCGGAUUCAUGGUGAAAAACUGGAAAAUGUCACCAUUAUUGGAAAGAUCCUCCGCUCCAUGACAUCAAGAUUCAAUUAUGUUGUUUGUUCAAUUGAGGAAUCGAAAGAAACUAAUGAACUUUCAAUUGAUGAAUUGCAGAGUGGUGGUCGCGGAAGAGGGAUAGGGAGAAGGAGAGGAAACAGUUCUGGUGGUGGGAGGCACUCACACCAGAAAUUUGAAGAAAAUUCUUCAAAUUCUCAAGGAAGGGGAAGAAAUCUUGACAACAACAAUAAUUCAGGUCAUUGUAAGCCGAAGCCAGUAGACAAGUUAAAGGUUGAAUGCUACAGAUGUCAUAGGUAUGGCCAUUAUAAAUCAAAAUGUAGAACUAACUUAAAUAGAGAUGGUGGAAGACAGUCUGAUUUUGCAGAAAAUGAAGAAGAGAUUUCCAUGUUAAUGGCCUAUCAAGAGAAGGAACAGGUGGCAGAAGAAAUUCAGCAGAAUAUCUGGUACUUAGACACUGGUUGCAGCAAUUAUAUGUGCGGAAACAAGUCAGCUUUCUCCACAUUAGAUGAGUCAUAUCGAGAUUUUGUGAAGUUCAAGAAUAAUUCAAAAAUUGCAUCCAUGGGAAAAUGA